AUGGCGAGUGACCGACUGUACAAGUAUUUCGGGUUAUUACUAUUGACUAUACAGCAAGCGAGCAUGCCUCUAAUGGCUCGAUAUUCGAGGUAUAAGGAAGAAUCCGAAAUGUUCUUUACAACUGUUAAUGUAUUCAUUAUGGAAGUUAUUAAGCUUGUAGUUUGUGCAGCUAUAGUGAUAUAUACGUCAAGAUCAUUGAAAACAUUUCUGAAAGAGCUCAAAGCAUCGUUGUACGAUAAUCGAGUUGAAACUAUCAAAGUUUGUGUUCCAGCAUUGAUAUAUACCGUUCAGAAUAAUCUGUAUUAUAUAGCCUUAACACACCUUGAAGCUACAACCUUCUGUAUAGCUUAUCAAAUGAAGAUCUUCACUACUGCAAUUCUUAUGUAUUUCCUAUUGGGAAAACGUCUGUCCUCAAAGCAAUGGAUAGCUCUAGUAGUUUUAGUAAUCGGAGUUGUUGAUGUACAAUUGGUCUACUCGCCUCCUUCAAGCAAGCCAGGAGUUGAGCAGAGUCCUAUUCUCGGAUUUAUCUGUGUGGUGACGAUGUGCUUUACAUCAGCUUUUGCUGGAGUAUACUUGGAGAAAGUACUCAAAGAGAGCACAACUUCUGUGUGGAUGCAAAACGUACGAAUUGCAAUGAUCGGAUUGCCUAUUUCCUUCUUCUCCAUGUGGUACUACGAUUGGGACAAUAUCCAAAAACACGGAGCAUUGAGAGGAUGGGAUUUUCUGGUUUUAUGCUUGACUGUCACCAAUUCCGUUGGGGGACUGCUCAUUUCCAUCGUCAUCAAGUAUGCUGAUAAUAUACUAAAAGCUUAUGCCCAAAGUAUGGCUAUUAUGGGAGCAGCGUUCGGCUCAUGGCUGCUCUUUGACUUCAACCCCGGUUUCUUUUUCAUGGCUGGAUCCCUUCUAGUCAUUAUAUCUAUUAUAAUGUACACGACAAACCCGUACAAAGCUCAAUCGACAGAGUUCGAUUUCAAACGUUUCAUAUCAAGUUCAGAGAACAGCAAUAACUUGUUGAUAAUUAAACCUACCAAAGGUCUGGCCUUGUAA